AAGGAUACCCUGCAGCCAAGUCCUUUGCCACUUGAGGAGAUGGCCCUUCCCUGCAGCAGACUCCAGUAUUUCAUUCCUCACUUCCACCUGAGGCUACAUCCUCACAGCCUUCGCAGUGCCAGCUCUUGCCAGCGCUCUCACACAAAAUCCUCUGGGAAGACUCCUACUUUACCUUCUGCUCUCCAUCUUGUCUUACCCGCACCAAAAUCGCCCUUCAUGGUCUGUUCACAACUGCGAAGGAUUCUCCAGCAUUCACCUGGGAAGUGUCCCAGCCAUACCCCCUCCCCAGCCCCGAAGCCUUCAUGUCUUCAGAGUGAAACAUCUUUCAACCUAAUAUCAGAAAAAUGUGACAUCCUAUCCAUUCUUCGGGAUCAUCCUGAAAACAGGAUUUACCAGAGGAAAAUUCAGGAACUCAGCAAAAGAUUCACCUCGAUCCGAAAGACCAAAGGAGAUGGGAACUGCUUCUACAGGGCCUUGGGCUAUGCCUACCUGGAGUCUUUGCUGGGCAAGAGCAGAGAGAUUGUCAAGUUCAAAGAGCAUGUGCUACAGACCCCAAAUGACCUCCUGGCUGCCGGCUUUGAGGAACACAAGUUCAGAAACUUCUUUAACGCUUUUUACAGUGUGGUGGAGCUUGUAGAGAAGGACAGCUCAGUGUCCAGCCUGCUGAAGGUGUUCAAUGACCAGAGCUCCUCGGACCAAAUCGUGCAGUUCUUGCGCCUGCUCACGUCAGCCUUCAUCAGGAACCGAGCUGACUUCUUCCGACAUUUCAUUGAUGAGGAGAUGGACAUCAAAGACUUCUGCACUCAUGAAGUGGAGCCCAUGGCCAUGGAGUGUGACCACGUCCAGAUCACAGCCCUGUCGCAGGCACUGAACAUUGCUCUGCAGGUGGAGUACGUGGAUGAGAUGGACACUGCUCUGAACCACCACGUGUUCCCUGAGGCUGCCAUCCCUUCCGUUUAUCUGCUCUAUAAAACAUCCCACUACAACAUCCUUUAUGCAGCUGAAAAACACUGAUUAAUUUUAGGCCAUGCCGGAGCCUGUCAUCUAAAUGGACUGCAUUCUGAAUGGAACAUUCUGCCUUGGCAAUUUUUUAAGUGAUUUAGACAACUAGAAAGCAUAUAGCCUUUUGGGUAAAGCCACUGAACUGAGACCCGUGCCCACUAUGGACUGUGAUGACUUAAUAGGAAUUUUAGUAUUUAUUUUGAUAGAUGAUCUAAUGCCUGCUAACUCUGGACCAGAAAGCCAGGAACUCUAUCUCUGUACCUGUUUAUUGCAAGAACCUCGUUGGACCUAUUUAUUUAUCUGGAAGAGGUUCCUGACAGUGUUGACAUGCUGCUGUGUGAAAAUGGGGAUAUCUGGUUUGUCCUCACUAAGGGCAGUGACCCUCACAGGGAAGAAAAGCCCAGGCCAGCUGUCAUAUUCAGGUGACUUACCAGACUGAUGAAGAGUCCAGCCCGGCUAUGGGUGGAUAAUGGUAGACAACUGUCUGAGUGUGAGGAGCUGGUGUGUAGUUUCAUUCAUGAUGGCUGUACUUUCCCACCCACUUAAGGAUAAAACAAAAAGACUUUUAUACCAAAGUCCAGAAAAGGACUUUAGCCUUCAGCAUGAAGCUCAGGUUGUGAGGUCCCUCUACCUCUCAGGACCAGAACUCCUGACUUUGGAGGACAAGGCCUUUCAGGGUUCUGCUGUUAACCCCAUCUGGAUAUGGCUUGACAGAUACUAGGGCCUGUACCUGAGUCAGUGUGUUCAUGACUGGGACCAAGGAGCUGCAGCUGUCCAUCAUUCCCAGUGAAUUUUAUAAGUGAGGGCUA